ACAUCAAACAUUAAUAUCUUUAGAUUUUAGGUGCUGACCAUCAUUUGAUUGCUUGACAUAUGAAUACUUUCAAAUUACCAACUAUCCAAAGAUUAUAUAUUAAUUUUUUUAAUUUUCAACUGUUUCGACUUUCGAGUUUCGACUGCAACGGUAUUUUUUUUAAUCUUGAAUUGCAUUGAUUUUUGUGGCCAAUUUUCGGUUAAUUCCAUUGAAUAUUCUGUCCAACUCUCAUAACUGUGGCUAUUAAAUUGUUUUGCCAACAAUUAGAAACAGAGAAAACAGAAAGUGAAAAAAUAAAAUAAAAUAAAAAAACAAAACCGACUUUAGUAACGUCAUGUAGAUAGCACAAAAAUGUUUUGGAAACUAACUCCAACAAAUCCUUGAGUCCAGAUCAACAAAGGAAUAAGCAUGACAAAUUUCGGAGCGGUUAGUAACAAUAUUUGAUCCAUAUAUAGCAAAUAUGACAAAUAAAAUACAUAGGAGAAGGACAACAUAUUUUGUCAUCACCAAUAGUUUUUUAUUUUUUAUUUUUUAUUCUUUUGGGUAUCUUCAAACGUGAAUUUUGAUUCCAAUAAUCUACCCCAAACCACACCAGCCACCAUCAGUAAUGGUAGAUUUCAGAAAAUCAGCAUCAGCUAAGCCUAAAAAUAGUGGUGGCCCUACGACUGUGAUCGCCGUGACCAGUGGCCGGAAAAGCCAAUACGCCAUCCAGUGGGCCGUAGAACAUAUUCUGAAGAAGAAUUCCUCUUGCAUUCUCAUUCACGUUCAGACCAAUCGUUUGUACCAUCAGAAUGGUGUUGGACCUAGUCAUUGUCGUCCACCAACUGAAGAAGAAUGGCAACGGAUUUUUCUCCCUUUCAGAGGGCUUUGUGCUCGAAAAGGGAUUGUAGCGACAGAGUUGGUGUUACAAGGCGCUAACGUUACCAGUGCACUUACUCAAUACGUAAAUGAAAACUAUAUUAGUAGCGUCAUUGUUGGUGCUUCCCAAUGGAAUUCUUUUAUAAGGAAAUUUAAAAAUACGGAUGUGGCAGCUAGCUUAGCCAAGUCUUUGCCAGAUUUUUGCUCAAUAUAUGUUAUAUCGAAAGGAAAAGUCCAAACUAUCCGUCCAGCAGGUCCUGCUCAAAAUGGUAAAUUCACAAAAGCAGCAACAGUAAAAGGGGUAGCAACGCCAGAUUAUUUUUUUAACAAUUCACCUCAACAUAUAAACAGCUUGGUCAAAGAGGCUACAUUAUCAAUGACACCAAGUAAUUUUUCACCAAUAGAACAAAGUCCAACAAUAUCCUUUGGAGGCUCUUCACCACAAACCGACAGUGAUCUUGAAUUCGCAAAGUCACAAAUCACUUCGUCAAAAUCCAAAAAAAAAAUGGAGGAAGAAUUAAUGAAAUUAAAACUUGAACUAAAGAAAACAAAUGAGCAAUAUGGAUUGUUCUAUAAAGAAGUCGACUCUGCGCAUAAGGGAGUGGAUGAGUAUGAAAAGGCUAAGCUUUCAAGGCAGAAAACAGUGCAUGCUAUGGAAAACGAGGAAAAUCAAGGAGCUUCAAGUUCUGCCUACAUUUAUAAAAACAUCGUUCCAUACAGAAGAUACAACAUUAAAGAAAUAGAAAUUGCAACUAAUUACUUUGAUAUUGAUCUCAAAAUUGGAGAAGGUGGUUAUGGACCAGUUUUUAAAGGAGUAAUUGACAACACUGAUGUCGCCAUCAAGGCUGUGAGGCCAGAUAUAAGCCAUGGGGAAAGACAAUUUAACCAAGAGGUUCAAGUUUUGAGCACCAUAACACAUCCAAACAUGGUACUACUCAUAGGUGCAUGCCCAGAAUUCGGAUGUCUUGUGUAUGAAUACAUGGACUAUGGAAGUUUGGAAGAUCGUUUAUUCAGAAAAGGAAACACUCCUCCAAUCCCAUGGAAAAUCCGUUUCAGAAUAGCAUCGGAAAUCGCCACCGCCCUUCUCUACCUUCACCAACUAAAACCAGAGCCACUAGUCCACCGUGACCUCAAGCCAGCAAAUAUCCUCUUAGACAGAACCUAUUUAAGCAAGAUCGGCGACGUCGGUCUUGCGAGGCUCGUUCCGCCUUCGGUCGCUGACAAAACUACCCAGUACCGGCUGACGAAAGCCGCCGGCACGUUCUGUUAUAUCGACCCGGAGUAUCAACAGACAGGGUUGUUGGGUGUGAAAUCGGACAUAUAUUCUUUUGGUGUGAUGCUGCUUCAGAUUAUAACUGCAAAGCCUCCAAUGGGGUUGGCUCAUUUGGUUCAGAGUGCUAUUGAUGCUGGAAGCUUUGAACAAGUUCUUGAUCCUAGUUUGAAUGAUUGGCCUGUUGAAGAUGCUUUGUCUUGUGCUAAGUUGGCAUUGAAGUGUUGUGAGAUGAGAAAACGAGAUAGACCCAGUCUUGCUACUGUGAUUUUACCCGAGUUGAAUAGGCUCAGAGAUUUGAGAUAGAUAAAGAUAAUAAUGGCAAUAAAGAAAUAAUAAU